CAAAUUAAGACAGUGAAGUGGUGUUGGUGAACAAAAGAGGCGCAAGAAGAAAUGGAGAGCAGUGAAGAAGACGACGACUUUCCAUCUAUCGAAUCUGUCACUCCACAAUCUAAGAUCGACACAGUAUAUCAGUCCAAGACUGAAAAGUUUCAUACAGCUUAAGUGACCAGGGCAUUGAUGUGCUAUUGGUAUCUGGCAGGAAUUUGAGUUGUCUGAGAAGUAACAAGGUGAUCAAGAUGGUAAGAGGGCUUCUUAACAUUAAAAAAUAAGGCAAACAAAGGAGUAUAUUUGCAGUGCGCAGCAUGAUUCUAAAAGUUAUGCAAGUCUGGUGCUUCAGAACUCAAUUGUGGCUAUUUGUGUAGGGAAUAAGAAAGCUCUGUUUUGAGCUUUUGGAUUUAAAGGAUGCAGUAGAGAACUUAUGUGGCAAUACACGGACAAAAUACUUGGCUUUCACGAGGUUAUCUGAAGAAGUCGUGGAAAUGGAGCAUGAGUUGAAUGAGCUGCGAAAGCAUAUUUCUGCUCAAGGGAUUCUUGUGCAGGAUUUAAUGAGUGGUGUAUCCCAUGAUUUGGAAGAGUGGAACCGGAGUAAUGGUAUCCAGGAAAGUCAGGAGAACCCUCAAAGUCGUGAACUUGAAGAUCCUUCUCCAAAUGAACCAGAAGAUCAGAAGGCAAUUUUUCUGGAGAAUGUUGAUGUUCUUUUGGCUGAGCAUCAAGUGGAAGAAGCGAUAGAGGCGAUAGAUGCUGAAGAGAGACGUUACCCGGAGCUAAAAGGCUUGGUAGAUGCUUCAUCUAAUGAACCGCUUUCUUACAAGUCUGCAUUUUUAAAAAGAAAGGCAAUGCUUGAGGAUCAGCUUGUUGAGAUCAUUGAGCAUCCAUCACUUCCUAGUCUUGAACGGAAGAAGGGUUUGUCUGGUUUAUUAAGGCUUGGGAAAGGUCCAUUGGCGCAUCACCUGCUUUUGAAAUCAUAUGGGUCACGCCUCCACAAAAGCAUUGAGGCUUUUCUUCCUUGCUGUCCAAGUUACCCUGCAACAUAUCCGGCCACUUUUUCUAACCUUAUAUUCUCUACAAUCUCACUGACAACAAAAGAAUCCAGUUUGAUGUUUGGCGACAAUCCUGUUUAUUCCAACAGAGUCGUUCAAUGGGCAGAAUGGGAAAUUGAAUAUUUAGUACGGUUGGUUAAGGAGAAUGCGCCUUCUUUGGAGACCCUUUUUGCUUUACGUGCUGCUAGCAUUUGCAUUCAGACUAGUCUUAACCACUGCUCUGCAUUGGAAUCACAAGGUCUGAAACUCUCAAAGUUGCUUUUGGUGCUUUUGCAGCCGUACAUUGAAGAAGUUUUGGAGUUGAAUUUUAGACGGGCAAGAAGAGUAAUUCUUGACUUUGCCGAAAAUGAUGAGAGUUUGCUAUUAUCACCUCGCUUUGCAUCUCCACUGUCUACAUUUGCAAUGUCGUCUGAUAGUGUGCAUAUUGAUACUGGAAUGAGGUUCAUUUUUGCUAUCAAAGAUCUAGUGGAACAGCUAACCCCCCCGGCCAUUUUGCACUUUGGUGGAAACAUAUUGACAAGAAUUUCACAGCUUUUUGAUAAAUAUGUGGAUACUCUGAUAAAGGCCUUACCUGGUCCCUCUGAAGACGACAAUCUUACAGAGCUGAAAGAGGUUGUUCCUUUUAGAGCUGAAACAGAUUCCCAACAGCUUGCACUAUUGGGAACUGCAUUUACUGUUGCAGAGGAACUAUUACCAAUGGUUGUAUCGAGAAUUUGGAGCACACUGAAUGAAAGCAAGGAAGAAGGAAGAGGACUCACUGAAAACAUUCUGCCUACCACAGGUAAUAUAGAAUUUAAGGAUUGGAGGCGCCAUCUUCAGCAUUCGUUGGACAAGCUUAGAGAUCACUUCUGUCGACAAUAUGUUUUAAAUUUCAUUUAUUCAAGAGAUGGAAAAACACGACUAGAUGCACAAAUUUAUCUAAAUGGGAGAGGGGAGGAGGAGGAUCUGUUUUGGGCCUCUGACCCUCUGCCUUCUCUGCCAUUCCAGGCAUUGUUUGGGAAGCUGCAGCAGUUAGCAACUGUGGCGGGAGAUGUGUUGCUUGGAAAAGAGAAAAUACAAAAAAUUUUGCUUGCCAGGCUCACAGAGACGGUGGUAAUGUGGUUGUCCGAUGAACAGGAUUUCUGGGGUGUGUUGGAGGAUGAUUCGGCUCCUCUUCAGCCACAUGGAUUACAGCAGUUAAUUCUCGAUAUGCACUUCACUGUCGAAAUUGCACGGUUUGCAAGUUAUCCAUCGCGACACGUGCAACAGAUAGCAUCAGCCAUAAUUGCUCGUGCAAUCAGGACAUUCUCCUCUAGAGGCAUAGACCCACAAAGUUGUGCACUGCCCGAGGAUGAGUGGUUUGUUGAAACUGCCAAAGCUGCAAUAAACAAGCUUUUAUUAGGAGCAUCCGGAUCGGACACUUCAGAAAUCGAUGAAGAACAAAUGAUUAUACAUGAUGAGGAUGUCUCAGAUAUUGAUGAACGCAUCAUUAUCAAUGACGAGGACAUCUCAGAUUCUGACGGAUCUCCUUCUACCCUUUCGACUGUAGAUAGCUUUGAAUCUUUUGCUUCUGCAAUUAUGGGUGAUGAAAUGGAAAGCCCCAUGUACUUAACAGAUCCUGAGGGCUGAAAUCUGCAAGCUAUCAUCAACUUUGUUUGAUCGUGAUCUUUUCAGGGGUUUUGAAGGGCAUUAGAUGAUGAGUACAUGUUUGAACAUGGAUCAUCUGAUAAAAUUUUUGAAUUAAUUUGGUGAUUUGGGGAAAAGAUGUUAAGCCAUUUAGACUGAGAAGAAAGAUUAUUUAUGUUGUUGUAGUUCAUAUAUAAAUGUAAUAAUGUACUCCAGUAUUAAUUGUUUCUGUAACUUUGUAAGAAGAAGAUUAAUUAUGUUGUUGUAGUUCAUAUAUAAUUGUAAUAUUGUAGUUCA